AUUUUAGGGUGAAAUACUGAAAUGAACUAUACUACUUAGCUUCAAGUCCUAGCCUCCUAGGGCUCUUCAACUGACUAUCUUUCUCUCAAUCUCUCCUCAUUAUUCCCUUUCCCGCCUCCAAUGCUGCCGGCAAGGAAGCGGCGAGGGCGACGGCCACGGACGACACAAGUUGUUAACUUUGGGACGCCGGAAAAUGAAGUUCCGAGUGAUAAUAAUGUUGACCUUGACAAAGACGCCAAAGACGAUGAUGGAGCUACAAAUUCCUCUCUUGUUCAGAACUCCAAGGGAAUGAGGCAGGACAGAAAGCGAAAGAUGGCGAAGAUUUCUAGUAACAUCGGAACUAGCAGCAGAAGCAGGGCUGAGAGUGAAGAGGAGGAAAAUGGUUAUUCGACGGCGACGGAAAGUGAACUUCCGAGUGAUAAUGUUGAGCUUGGGUUGGAUAAAGAUUCUCAAAAGGACGACGCCAACGGCAGGAGGUUCCUACUUCGGAAGCAUCAACAGGAGACACCCAAAGUCAUUAGGCGAGGCCCUAAAUUUAUUCAAGAGGAGAGCUUAAUGUGCCAUCAAUGUCAGAGAAGUCAAUGUCUCGAAUAUUAG